AAGUUGCUUAGCAACUACGAGAAGAUUUAUGAAAAAGACUGUAGUUCGCUCAGGUUCCGCUGUUUGCUACCAAGCUAAAAUUAAAAUAAUGUUUAAACAGUGCAGCCUGUAGUUUAUAGUAAGCUAGAGUUUAGGUGUGUUUGUGUGUUUAAGCGGGUCGCUGGCUGGCUGUGUGCAGUGUGAGCAGCACACCUGGGACAGGUCCUGAAAACUGUGGGAAUAGUUAGUCAGUGAGCUUUAGAUUAGUUAGCGUUAGCUAGCUUAGCUCGCGUCAACUGCUCUGUAAAUUAACGUGACCUAACUAACAUUGACGUUCAUUUGCUAAACUAAAAUAACUUGUUAACUAGAACUGAAUAAGGAAGAAUUGUUCAUCGUUCUAAGGCUCAUGUCUGGAAGUAGUGAAAUGAAAUGCAGAAGACCAUAGAUGACCCCUACGAGAGUCUCAUUCUGCAGCACCUAAAGCAUUAUGGACUUUUUGCUGGUCAGAGAUCUUCAUCUCAGAGAAAAGUGUCAGUCGGUAGGACAUGGGAUGGCACUCAUAACUCUUUGGCAACAGAUGGCAUCCAUUCACCAUCCAACAGCACAGACUUGGAGGAGGAGGAAUCAGAAGCUCAUCAGGGACAGUUCUCUUUCAAUGCGGAGAAAUAUCUCAGGACAAAGCAGCUGCUAAUAGACUUUCAAGGAGGGCGGCCUAUCCCCCGCUUGAAGGAACCUCUUGACCUUUUUACCAUCCCGUCUACCUCCAGUCCCUUUCAGGGCGUUCGCUGGCCUGUUGAAUGCAAAGUCAUCUGUGACAAAAUCCGUCACAUAGAAUGGGACCCUCCUGAACCAGAGCCAUUUUACCAACAAACAGGCUUUGAGCGUACCCCCAUGCCAACUGGAAAAGAAAGAGGAAACACUGUCUAUUGCAUAGACUCUGCUGCAAAGGCCCCCUGCUUCACCCGAUCUCGUGUUGGUGGUGGCAGAGAGCCUAAAAGAAAUUCAGCAUCUUGUACCAACAAUCAAGAAACAUCUUCCCUGUCCUUUGAGUCCCGGUUUGAGAGUGGUAAUCUUCAAAAAGCAGUUCAAGUAGGCCUUUAUGACUAUGAGCUUACUCUGCGGCAUGACAUGUACACCACAAAGCACACACAAUGGUUCUACUUCCGUGUGAGGAACAUGAAGGCAGGGGUCACCUAUCGCUUCACUAUCAUCAAUCUGAUGAAAUCCAGCAGCCUGUAUGAAGCUGGUAUGCGACCACUGCUGUACUCUGAGCUUGCUGCCUGGCUGAAGGGAGAAGGUUGGUGCCGUGAUGGCAGCAACAUUCGGUACUAUCGGAAUCUUUGUGAAAAUGAGGGAACAGCACUCUACUCACUCACUUGGACAAUGCAGUUCCCUUAUGAAAAUGACACCUGCUAUUUGGCCCACUGCUACCCAUACACCUACUCAGAUCUCCAGCACUACCUGCGAGGUGUCAUUUCUGACUCUGUCCGGGCAGCUUACUGUAAAGUGCGAGUGCUGUGCCGCAGUCUGGCAGGAAAUGCUGUGUAUGUGUUGACUAUCACAGCACCCGGUGCCACUUGGAAAGAGCGAAGGAACAAGCAGGCAGUGGUAGUGACUGCGCGAGUGCAUCCAGGGGAGACUAAUGGAUCAUGGAUGAUGCAGGGCUUUCUGGAUUUUUUGCUUGGUGACUCACUUGAUGCACGGCUACUGAGGGAAACCUUUGUCUUUAAGGUAGUGCCAAUGUUGAACCCUGAUGGAGUGGUGGUUGGAAAUUACCGCUGCUCACUUGCUGGAUGUGAUCUGAACCGGAACUAUCGCACUCUACUACGGGACUCUUUCCCCUGUGUGUGGUACACACGCAACAUGGUAAAAAAGUUGGUUGCUGAGAGAGAGGUGGUGCUUUAUUGUGACUUUCAUGGGCAUAGCAGAAAGAACAAUGUGUUCAUGUAUGGUUGUAAUGAUCAUAAAGAUGCUUCACUACAACUUCAGGAGAGAAUUUUUCCUUUGAUGAUGAGCAAGAAUGCCCAAGACAAGUUUUCUUUCAGGAGCUGCAAGUUUCGAAUGCAGAGAAGCAAAGAAGGCACUGGUCGUAUUGUGAUGUGGAGGCUUGGCAUUAGAAACAGCUACACUAUGGAGUCCACCUUUGGAGGAUCCACACUAGGGUCCAGAAAGGGAACUCAUUUCUCCAUGGGAGACCUAAAGUCAAUGGGUUACCAUUUUUGUGACACCUUACUGGACUUUUGUGACCCAGACCAGACCAAGGCUGAACACUGUCUAGCAGAGUUAGAGGCUUUGCUGAGGCAACAGAUCAGACAGAAGUUGGGUAGAGAUGUAGACUCCCUGGAGGGUCUUUUUGAUGUAGACCUUGAGUCAAGCACAAGUGGAUCAAACAGCACAGAAUCCGAUGGCCUGCCUGCUCAUCUUAUAAACUGUGCAGAUCAGAAUGUGAAAGUGAAGAAGAAGCAUUUGCGGAGCAGAAAAGAAAGGAAUAGAUUGCGACAACAGCAAGAACAGAGUGCAGUAUCCAAGAUCCUUCACAAAAACAUCAAAAACACAGAUCAUUUACCAUCAAAUGAAGGUAUGUUGAAAGUCAGGAUCCAAGAGAAAACAGGGAAAGACACGAUGGACAAAAGCCAAAAGACACAGUUAGUAGUGAGAGUUAAUCAAUCUGGAAGGUCCUGGGUCCCACAUCCUACCACACGCAUUGGUAUUGUUGGCCCUGCAACUUUUUGGGAGCAAAAGCCAGAUAAGAGUCCAUAUUUGGAGGCUGUUAGUGCAGCCUGUCUGCACGGUGGAGGCUUGACAGACCCCUGUCGACGUCCUGCUACAGAUGAAACUGGAAGAAAAAUGUGUCCUUAUGCCCUGCGUCAAUCCCAGAGACAAAAACAGCGGCAACCUCUGUCUAUCACUACAAUCCGACACAGCUUCUCUUCUGUGCCAAUCCAGCAGUACUCUCUGCUCUUCGACUCAGGCUUCAGAGCACAAGAUGGAAUAAGAGGGAGGUGCUCUGUAUCAAACAUCUCACUCCGUAGAGCUGUACUUAAUGAUCAAAGGCAGUUCAGGGUUAUUCAAGAAUUUGUUCCUGCCAGAGGCCUGGAGCCCUGCACCUCAGCUGACUUAUAUCCAACCCGCACUGACAACCAGCAGAAGCUUGCACAAGAAAGUAUUUCAUUCAAAUACUUCGCCCCGGAAAUACAGGACACUAUCGGCAGCCUAAAGACUAUUCGUAAAAGAAACACACUAGCUCCUGUAAUUGUGCCGGACUCUAUGCAGUCGAAUGAAGCAGAGCAGCUCAGUAAGCAAGAGAAAAAUGACGUCUCCUUUUUACCUAAUCUAAGAAGAAUUAACAAGAGGCCCUCAGGUGACCAGGCUGGACUAGGAGGUCUCAGACUGGGCAAGUUGCCAGAAGGGAGUGCAAGGCAGUCGGCACCCUGGGGAGAUGCAGCUUUACCUGGGCCAGCAGAGUGAAGGCAGAGAGGAAGCAUGCUGUACAGAGACUUCGGAAAUAUACUACUGGAAAAGGCUAACACCGCAUAAGGAGCAGGCGCAGAACACAACAAAGAAACGAUGGAUUCAGAAGGUCUGCAGAAGGUUCAAAUCAGCGAUAUUCUAGGAAAGAGCGUCUUGGUGUAUGCAUGUUUAUCAUUACCUCUAGGCAAAAACACACAUGUCAGGAAUACUUCAAUAGUACAGCAUGUCAUGGCUGGUAAAGCAAAAGGAGUGUUUCUAAAACAUCUCAGAGUACACGUAAUGGUCUAGGACCUGUGCUUGUUUCUAAAGUCAAGGAAAACAUAAGUAGGGCUCUAAAUUAAGUUUCACAAUUGGUACUUCUUCUCUCCAGGGGCUGGUUGCACCAGCUGUGCGCAAGUUUACAUGUCAGCUAGUUGUUUCAGAUUUAUGCAUAACUAAAUUAAAAAUGGGUUGAACCACACAAAUAAGUAUGUAUACAGUAGCUAGUAUCUAUUAAAUAUUAACACAUACCCUAAGCUGUGACUAAACCAAAAGCAUCCAAUACUGCUUUGAGACAGAUGACAGGUAAUCACUUUCACUGCUUACAUAAUUUCUGAUAACACAAAGAUAUCAUAUAUUGGCAAAUAUAACUAGUUGUUACUAGUUAAACACAACCGAUUUGAUAUUUGUCGAAUUUGCUCAGUGUUUACUAUUGACUAAGUAGAGUCUUAAAAUUAUCUAAACAAACUUAACCUAAAAAAGGAACAUACACAAAAAUGAUGCAGGCCAGGUUAUGAAUGUAGGCCAUGAAGUACAGAAACAUCUAUUGUGUCUUUGUUCAGCUGUAGACAGGUUUCAUAUUUUACCAUCUUUUUGAGACAAUUAUGUAUUUUUCAGCUAUUUUAAUAAAAAACACUGAUGUGACGUGA